AAUGUGAUCAAAAGGAUGUUAAAUAAAAUAUAAAUAACACGUGAAUGAAUAUGAAUAAUAAUUAAAUAUUCGAUUUUGUAUUUAACUUUUGAAGAAACGCAGUUAAAAUACUCUGAAAAGCUGUACUUACAAAGAUAGCAGAAAAGAAUGUAGUGGCUCAUUCAUACAUCAAUAAAGAGGAUAUUCGUCAGAAGUAUGAACUGAGAACUAAACUAGCUACCAAAGCAGGUUGGAUGGGAAUGAUAUUGCUGAGCAAUGGUUCCAAAGAUGCACUUGGGGCCUUUUGACUUGUUUGGUAUGCAUAGAGUUAACUGAUGAAUGUUCUGUUAGAACGCGAGUCCUCACCUGUCCAGCUGGUCCACGGGAGUCCCAGAUCCUCCCAGUCCACAGUAGCAGCCAUAGUCGCUGUAGUCCAGCACCGGCCAGCUGUCUGGGACCGUGCACAGGAUCAUGGCCCGGAACUGCCACAGAGCCCUGUAGCCGAGCGCUGGGAGACACAAGGGCUCACGUCAGACCGACUCACAAAACAGCAACAAGGUGGGAGCAGACAGUGGCGCGUGCGGGCAGGAGUCUCACCGGCGGAGAGGCUGAGGAAGAGGAGGGUCAGUGAGUGAGUCAGAUGCAUCUUCAGGUCCAUGAGGGACCAGCCCAUACAUCCACCUCUUAUAUAGUCAGCCCACCUCCAUAGGUCCUAUUUACUGACCAGCUGCCAAGUUUUCCUCAACUGUAGGAUCUGCUGCUGAGAAGCUGUCGCCUUUCACUCGGAGACAAUGCACCAAUGACAACGCUCACAGCUCCUCCACACACGCACACGGACACACACACACAAUAAACACAACACUUGUUUGGUGUUUUGUUUGGACACAUCCAGGUACUUUUCUCUUGUCAAGUGUGUGUAAUGUAUAGUUGCGUCAGUGGAAAGUUGUGGGAACAGCAGCAAGUGCUGAGUGUUGACACAGCUGCGCCACGGAUGCCGUGUCCAGAUCCUUGGCGAUCUUGGAGGGCCGCCAUUUUCUUUGGUCAUUUUGUUCUUUUCACUUUCACGCUGGCAGAUCUCGCCGCCACAGAGACGAGAAGCGGGAGCACAUCGCUGCGCCGAAUCAUGGCGUCACUGCAAGCCAGACUGUGGUCCAGAAACCCCCUGCUCGAUCAUCAUUUUAAAGACACAGAACACCGGAGUGCCAAAAUUCAUUGGAUGGAAUCAUGAAUUUGAUGAGAACAAAGGCUAAAAUGGCGACCGCGAGAUGGUGACCUCAACAAGUUAGCGUCAUUUGGUAACGCUAACUCACUCACAUUCUGUCCGGACAUGAGGGGCAGCUGCCCUGAAGGGGGCGUGGCCUAUUUUUGCAAAAAAAGUCACAACAAACAGAUAGAUAGAUAUAUAAAAUUCCUUUUAUCAAGAAUAGCGUCAUAAUUCAGAAAUCAAAGCAGAAAUAUAAGGAAAAUAAAAAUGCACAUAUUUAUUUAAAUUCAUUCUUUAUUUCCACUUUACAUUUUUAAUGUUUAUCCACUGUCCCCCCUUAGUUAUUUCAACAUUUAUUUCCUCAUUUUGGUCCUGCUGGUGCUCCACAAGGCAGGAACCUGUGUUGGCAGUUUGGGUUGUCUUCUGAAGGACACAUGCCAGCAUACACUCCUCUUCCCUCACUUCCUGGCAGGAGGCCCCCACUCUCUCUGAAGAACACGACGUGUUUCCAAAAAUACCUGGGACGUUAAAUAAAUGUGAUUUCAGGGAAGGAAAAAAAAUGAAGCAACACAUGAGGUUUCCAAACACGCCACCCAGCAGGUCUCCGCCUCCUGCGGCUCCUCUUAUCUCCAUGUCGCUCACACCUGCUCUAUAAGAACGGCACGCUCCUUAUACACUUGCACUUCACCAUGAAUCGGGCGACUCCUCUUCUGCUCCUGCUUCUCUCCGCCUGCCUGGCGAGUGGCGCCCUGCUGCCCAGAGCUGUGUGGCAGUUCGGAGGCAUGAUCCAGUGCGUCCAGCCCGGAGUCAGCCCGCUCAAGUACAACGACUACGGCUGCUGGUGUGGGCUGGGAGGAAGUGGAACUCCAGUGGACGACCUGGACAUGUGCUGCCACGUCCACGAUAAAUGCUACGAGAAGAGUCGGAAAACUCCAGGAUGCACAAACAUCGCAGACCUUCCAUACGUGUUGGAGUAUGAGUACACCUGCUCCGGCCAGGAGGUGACCUGCUCAGCCAGCAACAACAAGUGCCAGGCCGCUGUGUGCGAGUGUGACCGCGUGGCCGCUCACUGCUUUGCUAAGAGCGUCUACAACGCUGAACACAAGAACCUGGAUCCCAAAGUGCACUGCGUCGACUGAAGCUUGUGAGAGACAGAUGUGUCGUGAUUCACCUGUGAAACAUGAGGUAGCACUGUCAGAAGUUUGCUCUUUCAUGUCUGACUGUCAGAUCAGCUCACGGUGAUAUGGUUCAUGGUGACUUCUGAAUAAAGCUGUUGCUA